AUGAGGGAUCUCAAUCAGUUUGAUAUUCGGUCGUUGAAAGCGAUGGGGGUAAUUGUUGAGACUGAUCAUGGGGAUAGGUUGAGGGGGCUCAACAACGAGGUCUGGGACCCGUUUCCCCCACUUCCAGCAGACGAUGAGGAUGAGGAAAUGCAGGAGCAGCAUGAAGUUCAGCAGCAUGAGCCGCACACACUACCACACCAGCCACAAACACCUCCACAUGAGCCGCAGCACCAUGAUUACCACCAGCAUCAGGAGUGGCCAGAGUUUUACCAGCAGUUCCAGCAGAUGCGUGUUACGCAGGAGCUACAUGGGACUUAUAUCGACCAGAUUAGGACUAGCCAGGACCAGAUCAGGGCUAGUCAGGAUCAGCUCUGUGACAACUCGUAUUUUGAACCCGUCUUUGUAAUGAAUGUAUGA